UGAAAACAAAAAGUGGACCCACAUCCUCAUUAUUUCUGAGACUCAGCUCAGUAAAGCAGAGGAAUCAGAGCAGGAAUGCAUCGAAAACUGCCACAGAUGGUGUACUGGAGAGAGGCAACGGAGGAUCGGAGUGAUCAAAACAAGAGAGAUAGUGAAUUGAAAAAAAUUGAAGACUCGAAACAUCCCUAUGUAUGUGCCAUGAAGGGUGACUGGGAAGGCGUGACAAACUACUAUAAGGACAAACCGGACGAAUUGCUCAUUCCAAUGACGGUGUGCAGUGACACUGUUUUUCACCUUGCGGCUUCUUGCUGCAGCAGAACACAAGGUGAAAAAGUCCUCGAAAAGUUGAUCAAUAUACUCGGGAAUUCGACCAGCUAUGACCCUAGAAGCGCUCUGAGGAAAUUGAAUAACACUGGAAACAAUACUCUUCACAGCGUGAGUUUGUCCGGAAAUGUGGAAGCAGCAGAUUACUUGGUGAGAAACUUCAACGAGCCUGUCAUCGUCAGUACUAAAGCUAGUAUUGAUGAAAAGAAUGAUGCUCUGCCGCUGCUAGAGACUCGGAACAAUUUAGGAGAAACUCCGUUCUUCAGGGCGGCUGCUGUUGGUCACACUGACUUGGUCAAGUUUUAUGAUCGCAAACAGCAGGAGGAUAAUCCGGACAAUCUUUGGAGGCACUUCCACAGAAAUGACAAAAUGUCCAUUCUUCAUAUGGCAGUCCUUGAGCAACGUUUCGAGACUGCUCUUUGGUUACUGGAGAACUAUUACGACUACCUAGCGCACCAAAAGGAAGAUAAAGGAUUGACAUGCCUUCAAUUGCUAGCCCAAAUGCCAACUGCCUUCGAGCCACAAUUUCAGCAAAGCAUAUGGAAGAUGCUCAUUUACUAUUGCCUUCCUGAUGGAGGAGAUGUGGUCACACCCAAUCAGAAGGAUGAUGUAGAGACCAACUUGGACAGCAACCAGACGCGCCAUCAAUCUAUCUCUCGGAACAAGCUUGCAGGCUUUGCGAAGGUUUACUCUUCAGUGUGGGACUCCCUUGCUAAAAGAAGAGGAAGCUCGCAGAGCGGCAUAAUCUACAGGAUAUGGAAGGACAAAAAAAACAAAAAAUCACUAGAAAAAAUCAUCCACGAGCUCGUUAAGUCGGACUACUCUUGCCUGAUUACUAAUGAGAAAGCAAAACCCAAGACCAUUUCUUUAGGGUCCAAUCUCAGUAAAAAAAGAAAGGCGACCGCAAAAACAUCUAAAUCGGAUAAGGGAAAAGGUGGUGAUGGAGGUGAAAAAGGACCGGAAGCUGCAGAAACAUCCAAAUCGGAUAAGGGUAAAGGUGAUGAUGGAGGUGAAAAAGGAUUGGAAAACGCAAAAACAUCCAAAUCGGAUAAGGGACAAGGUAAUGAUGGAGGUGAAAAAGGACCCGAAGCUGCAAAAACAAACAUUUCGGAUAAUGCGCCGAGGUAUAAAGUUUACAACUUUGCACCAUUGCAUAUAGCAACCAUCACAGGAAUUAUGCCCAUUGUGGAGGAGAUACUUGAACAGCAUCCUCAGGCAGUUGAGCACGUUAACUAUGACGAACGCAACAUAUUGCAUCUAGCCAUUAGGAACCGUCGGAAAGAGAUCCUUAAUCUUAUCAAAAGCAAACCAACUGUGAUGUCGAGGCUGAAGGAGUGGAUGGACUGCGAUGACAACACCAUAUUGCACCAGGCUGCAGAUAGGGGUUACUACUCCAAAGCAUUGUCUCAAAAACUAAUUGGCCCUGCAAUGCAAUUGCAAGAAGAGCUACGUUGGAUGCUGUGUGUAAAAGAAAUACUACCGCCUCGGUACACCUUGCACCGCAACAAGAAGGACCAGACAGCUGAGGAGCUGUUCAACUGCCAGCAUAAACGUCUUCUGGAGUCGGCACAAAAAUGGGUAAAAGAAACGGCUCAGUCAUGCUCAACUGUGGCGGUGCUAGUGUCCACUGUGGUCUUUUCAGCUGCCUACGCCAUUCCCGGGGGUACUAGUGACGAAAAUGGCCUUCCUCUUUUCCAAAACGAUCCUCACUUUUUGUUCUUCACCUGCAUGGACGUUGUGGGCAUUGCCUGCUCAUUAUCUUCUGUGGCAUUCUUUCUCUCGGUCCUCUCCUCGCCUCUCGAGUACCCAUAUUUCGUUAACAGUGUUCCUCGCAAGAUCAUGACUGGAUUCAUCUUGCUCUUCUUGUCAAUGGCAUCCACCAUGCUUACCUUUGCCGCCACCAUUUUGCUCUUGCUUCGUGUAGAGAAGAAAUGGACCAAGUCUGUACUUUACCCUAUUGCAUUUUUCCCAGUCCCUCUAUUCGCCCUGCUGCAAUUUCCUAUGUAUCAAUCUUUCAUUGUCAUGUUUCGAAAAAUUGAUGAUUGGAUUUUCAGCCCCUUACGCUGCCCCCUCGGCUUUUCCAAGAAGAGAUCAAUAUGGGACAAGCGUAAGGCGUAUUGAAUCACAUAAGCCUUUCGUUGGGGAAGAAUUUGUGGUUCAAAUUCACAAUCUUGCAGCUGAAGUUACUUAUGGGUUUGUAUUUAUCAUUUGAAUAUUUCAUUUGGGUUCUUCUUCUUUUCUCCCCAAUAUAAUGUCACAAUUUUAUUGUGUCUUUGUAUUAAGUUAUGGGCAAUUAGUGAAUAAUAAAGAGGCUUGUUUCUAUGCUAAA